AUGGAUGCUUGCCAUCUUCUUCUAGGGAGACCUUGGCAAUAUGGCACUAGUGCUCAACAUGAUGGCAAGAGGAAUGUGUAUCACAUUAAGAAGAAUGGUGAAAAUCUCACAAUGACUUCCUUACCGGAUGACGGUAAGGAAAAGACCUCAACUAGUAGUGUGAUGUUGGUUGGAGAGAAGGAGUUCAUGAAAGGCCUAAGGGAAGAGAAGAAACUUUGUUUUGCUAUUGUGGUGAAGCCUAAGGACAACAUACCUAAGAAAGAAAAAAAUCAGAACUUGUUGAAGAAUGUAGGCCCCAAGGAGGUUGCUGAUUUGUUGGAUCAGUAUAAAGGAAUUGUUGUAGAUGGUACCAAUGAUACCUUACCCCCUGAAAGGAUGAUAAGUCAUUGUAUAGAUCUGAUUCCAGGAGCCACCUUGCCUAAUAAGGCUACUUAUAAACUCACCCCUGAACAAAAUGCAGAAAUAGCAAGGCAGAUUGAAGAAUUGUUGGAGAAGGGUUUCAGAAGGAAAAGUGUUAGUCCCUGUGUUGUACCAAUAGUCCUUGCACCUAAGAAAGAGGGAAAUUGGAGAUUAUGCAUUGACUCUAGAGCAAUCAAUAAGAUAACGAUCAGAUACUAG